AUUUGUUUACCGUUGCAAUAUAAAUAUUCAACAAACCAAUCCAGGAAAUGUCUCUCCAGACGGAGCGAUUACGGGAUUGUGCUGGGUGUGUCAAGGCUAGGCCUCUAACAGACAGAGAGAAGGAAAGGGUCAGGAGAUACUUUCAGAAAAGAAGAGACUCUGGGGGAGGUGAUUGUGGAGUUAUUGAAACGGUCGGAGAUAACAUCUAUAAAGUCAGCUUUAAUGAAAAAGAAGAUCAGGAAAGAGUUUUACAGAGAAAAACUCACAAAAUUAUCUUCCCUGGUGGAGAUCUACAUUUGACCGUGAAUCCUAGCAGUUCACCACAGACUCUGGAUAAGCCAUCGACAUCCAAUUUGCAGACAACUACUAAACUAAGCAAGAUAACUCUAGAGAAGAUUAUUAGAACAGAUAUUUUCCUCUUGUUCUACCUGAGAGACAAUCCUAAAGUUUACAAAGUGCUACAAAAGCAGCUCUCUGCAAUCGGCUGCACAGUACAGCUAGACUUUAAGAAAGAAGAGGCAGUAGUAAGGGGGGAUAUAGAGAAGUUGCUUCGAGGAGCUUUUGACGGUGCAGCAGAACACUGGGAACUCCAAGUGGAUAAGAUCUUCAUUAAUCUCAUUGAGAGCUACAGCUGCCAUCAUGUGCUUGAGCAGAACUAUGUCAAAAAGGUUCUGCAGGAUCCCUUCUUUGUCACCGAUGAUGUAAAGGUUUACUCAGAGAGUGGUUAUGCUGUGAUGGUUGGGGAAGCUAAGGUGGUAAAGGAGAAAAUUGCAGUUCUGGAGAAAAGCGUACCAGUACGUAAGGAGCAGCAAGUUGUGGAGAAGCAUUUCAAACUUAUUGAAGAGGAUUUCAACAGAGAGAUGAGUACAUUUCACCCAGAGGUAAUAAUCCUCAGACGUGCUAACAUGGUCAUUUUAGAAGGGCCGGAAGAGAAAGUACAAUCUGGAUCAACUAAACUUUAUGAACUGAUAAUGAAGAUCCAAGAAAAGAAGGUGAAUCUUCCUGCAGAUUUAAUUGCCUUUAUGGCCACCAGCAAUGCCAUCACCAAAUACCAAACUCAGUUUCAACAAAGUCUCAGAAGUCCAGUUUAAUUUGAGGUGGGAUCAGAGCUGCUUCUUUCUAGUUUGUCUUCAGAUGCUCUAAAUGAAGCUGAGACAACACUGCUGAGAGAUCUAAAUGUAUCAAGUGUGAAUCUUCAGGGUGCUGCAGCCAAACCUCCAGAUCUAGACCAACUAAAAGAAAUUAUUAUCAAAGCAAAGAAUGAAGCAAACCGUGGUGAGCAUAGAGUGGAAGUUAGCUUUGUCCCUGGAUACAGUGGUACUCCAUCAGUUAAAGUACAGCUGGUGGGCUACACUGAACAAGUGAACAAGCUUAAAGAGCUUCUCCAUGACUAUCAGGCGAAUCAAGUGUCAGUUCAAGAUGUCCUCAGCUUGCAGCGUCCUGAACUAGUUGAUUGCUUUGAUAAAAUCUUACGAAUACUUGGCAUAAAGUCAAAUUAUGUCACACUCUCAGCCACCCAUUUUCCAAACCCAUGUGUACUGUUGUCUGGUCCUCGUUUUCGGGUUCAGGAAACCAAGCAAGCUCUGGCCAGCAUAACAUUUGACACAUUAGUCCUGGAUGGUCCUGGAGCUCUCCGAUACUUCCAAGGAGAAGGGAAAGAAAGCAAGGAGCUGGUUGAAAGUUCAUGUCAGGUGAUUAUUUGGGAACAAGGAGAUAGCUCAACAGUCGUGCCAGCCAGACAACUAAGCCUCAGCAGCAUCAGCAGUAUCCCACAAAGACCCAACACGGUGGAACCGAAUGCGUACAGUGAUAUCAAUCUAGAAAUCAAGAUCUGCAGUUUAGAAGAUGAGCAGGUGAAUGUUUUGGUCGUCCCCACAUAUAAUAAAAACCUGUCUUCAACAAAUAUUGGGAAAUCUUUGCUAAAGAAAGGUGGAGAUACAGUCAAAUCAAAGUUUGACAUAUUGGUAUUUUUAUCUGGCCUUGCCCCCGGCGAUGUUCUCAAGGUUGAUGCCAGCGCAUCUCUGGGGUGCUCCAAAAUAUUCUGCAUCGAGUGCCAAUCUUGGGACAGAGCUGGAGGAAUGAGU